GUCAUCACGUCACUCGCUGACGCAGUGUUGAUUCUGAGCGGAGAAAUAAUUUAUUUAUAAACUGACGCAAGGGCGCUAAAUCUAAAAUAAACCGUGAAUAAAAUGUGAAAAUACACCAACAUUUUGGUGAAGCAGCUGCACGCAUGAAAGGAUUAUGGCGCCCCGCAUACAGCUGGAGAAAGCGGCUUGGCGCUGGGUGGAAACUGUGAAACCAGAAGAAAUCAGACAAGUUCACAUCGAAUUAGCAUACCGCAUCAACCUGCCGGCCUGCCAGAGAGGAACCUGCAGGAGGAACUGCAAAGGAAAUCCCAACUGCCUGGUGGGCAUCGGAGAGCAGGCAUGGCUCGGAGAGAUCGAUGAGAACACCUUCCACAAUAUCGACGAUCCAAAUUCUGAACGCCGUGACAAGAACACGUUCGUUGGUUUAACCAAUCUCGGUGCAACUUGUUACGUCAACACAUUCCUGCAGGUGUGGUUCCACAACCUGGAGCUGCGCCGGAGCCUCUACCAGUGCCACAAUUCGCGAGCACAGGAGCACAACGCGGAAUCAGAUUAUGAACCGCAGUCGAUCUGUGAACACCUGCAGUACCUGUUCGCUCUCCUGCAGAACAGCAACAGGAAGUACAUCGACCCUUCAGGGCUGGUCAAAGCACUGGGCCUGGACACGGGGCAGCAGCAGGAUGCGCAGGAGUUUUCCAAGCUCUUCCUGUCUCUCCUGGAGGACACGCUGUCCAAGCAGAAGAGCCCGUCCCUGCAGAACGUCAUCCAGCAGCAGUUCUGUGGACAGUUCUCCUACGUCACCGUGUGUAACCAGUGUGGACGGUCGUCUGCGCUGCCGUCCCGAUUCUACGAGCUGGAGCUGAACAUCCAGGGCCACAAGAACCUCACGGAGUGUGUCACCGAGUUCCUGAAGGAGGAGAAGCUGGACGGAGAGAACCGCUACUUCUGCGAGAGCUGCCAGAGUAAACAGAGCGCCACCCGGAGGAUCCGCCUGCACAGCCUCCCCCCGACGCUCAACCUGCAGCUCAUGCGCUUCGUCUUCGACAGACAAACCGGGCACAAGAAGAAGCUCAACACGUUCAUCAGUUUCCCGGAGCAGCUGGACAUGGGCCCGUUUCUGGAGGCGAGGCCAGAUCAGAAGUGUGUGUACGAGCUGAGCGCGGUGCUGAUCCACCGGGGCAUCAGCGCCUACUCGGGCCACUACAUCGCCCACGUGAAGGACGCCCGCACCGGAGACUGGUACAAGUUCAACGACGAGGAGAUCGAGAAGAUGGAGGGGAAGAAGCUGCAGCUGGGCAUCGAGGAGGACAUCGCUGAGACGGUGAAGUCCCAGACCCGGAAGCCGAAGUGCAGCAAAGGCUCGCACUGCUCCAGGAACGCCUACAUGCUGGUGUACAAGGUCCAGGCGGAGGAGAGCCCCGACUCGUCCCGCAGCGGCGUGGACGUCCCCGCCUUCCUGCAGCGCCUGGUGGACCAGGACAACCACCGGUUUGAGGAGUGGUGCAGCGAGAUGGCGGACAUGAGGAAGCAGAGCGUGGAUAAGGGCAAGGCCAAGCACGAGGAGGUGAAGGAGCUGUACGAGCUCCUGACCGCCAGAGACGGCGAGCCGUUCGAGUUCGUCCCCCUGGACUGGCUGAAGAAGUGGCUGGACGACUCCACGGCCACCAAGGAGAUCGACACCGCCCACUUCCUGUGCUCGCACGGCAAGCUGCACCCCGACAAGGUGGCGGACGCCAAGAGGGUUUCCCUCCGGGCCGCUCAGCUGCUGUAUGAGCGCUACGGCGGGGGACCGCGGCUGGACGGCUCCUCUCUGUGUCGAGAGUGUGUGAGCCAGCGGUGCCGAGUGCUCCGCCUGAAGAACCAGCUCACUGAGGACUACAAGGAAGUGUCCAACCUGGUGAAGCGCUGCCCCAGUGGCCAGGGCUUCUGGGUAGGUAAAGCGUCUCUGCGCAGCUGGAAGCAGCUGGCUCUGGAGCAGCUGGAGGAGGACGAGCACGAGACCAAACAGAGCAACGGCCAGACCAACGGACAGGGACCACACAGCCACAGCAGCAAGGAGUCGGGGGCGGAGAGCACCGAGGACGACAUGAAGACGUUCAACGAAGACAUCGUCUGCAGUCACGGAGGGCUGAGUAUUCUGGAGACGGAGCGGAAGCUGGUGGCCCCGGACGUCUGGACCAAGCUGAGGAAGUACUUCCCCAAAGCCCCGGAGUUCAGCCAGGACAGCGAGCCGUGUCCGCAGUGCCUGACGUUAGAGCAGGAGGAGAAGGACAACGAGGCGGUCAGUAAGAUGAUGGCUCUGGACCAGAAGAACCAGCUGCUGAACCUCUUCCACGAGAAGAACCGGCCCACGCUCACAAAGUGGCCUCAGGGCACGGACAUGCUCUACAUCGUCCCGCUCUUCUUUGUGGACGAGUGGAAGAAAUUCAUCCGGAGGCCCACCAAGUCGUCUCCCGUGUCGAAUGUGGGAAACACUCUGCUGCUCUGUCCUCACGGAGGCUUCAUGUUCACCUACGAGUCUCUGAUCAACGGAGACGCUCAGCACGUGGCUCUGCUGUGGCCCAGUGAGUGGGACGUGAUCAGCAGGCUGUUCAUCGUGGACCAGCCCAUCUCCAUCCACUGCUUCCAGCAGCCCUCCGCCGCCGCCGGCGCCACGCAGUUCACCACGCAGCCCGAGCUCUGCUGGGAGUGCAGGGAGAGCUUCCUGUUCCAGCAGCAGAGGGACCUCAGAGAAUACACACAGGCGACCAUCUACAUCCGCAAAGUGCUGGAGGACAAGAGGAUGACGAAGGAGGCGGCGGCGGCUCCGGAGCCGGCGGCCAGCGGCUCGGAGGCGGAGGAGGAGCGAGAGGACCACCCCAGGCUGGACGGAGAGAGGGACCCCGACUUCAGUCAGACUGAAGACGGCGCCAAGAGACUGAAGCUGAGCGACGACGGCGGCACGGCAGCGGCCGCACCCCCGGCAGCGCCCGCGCCUCCGGCCGCCAGCGCGAGCCAGCUGGGCGGGAUCCGGAGGAGCACCCGGCACCGGAAGCUCCGCGGGGAGAAGGCGCUCAUCGUCUCAGCCAAUCAGACGCUGAAGGAGCUGAAAAUACAAAUCAUGCACGCCUUCUCCGUGGCGCCGUUUGACCAGAACCUCUCCAUCGACGGCAAAAACCUGACGGACGACUCGGCGACACUGGGCAGCCUGGGCGUCAUCCCUGAGAGCAUCAUCUGUCUGAAGGCAGACGAGCCCAUCGCAGACUACGCCGCCAUGGACGACGUGUAUCAAGUGAGGAUGCCAGAGGAGGGGUUUAAAGGCACUGGACUGCUCGGCCACUGAGGAAACCUCCGCUGCAGUGCGCUUCAAUCAAAUCCACACAAUUUUAAAAAAAAAAGCUUGAAUUUGUCAAGUGUCCAUAUAUAAAUAAGUGCUUUAAUUUGUUUUUACAGAGAAAUGUUUGAGUUGCUUCUUUCUGUUUGUUUUUGAUAAACCGUGAACUGUUGUUUUCCCACUUUAAGGUUAGCUGGUCUAUUUAAAGUCACCCUGAAGGGCCCUGUGCUCGCACUCUGUUGUACUCUGACGCUUCUUUCAGACAUGCUCUGUUAGUUCAGAUCGUGGCCUUUGUUUUGGACACCUUUAAAUGACGCGUGGAGGAACCCACACCGUGCGAUGCUUUCCUGUGUGUGGAAGUGUGUGUUCCCACCGCAGAGUUUCCAGGUUCGUCAAACAAGUGCACGAGUUACUGUUACCUAUCUGAAAUAUAACUGCUCCUAAAUAUUCAAACAUGUGAUACCUCUACAGCAAAUCUAGAAAUGUGGGAUUUGCAGCUUCAUAGACAGUGACGGAGGCAGAUCCCCGCAGUGCACACUUCCGAGGAACAGAAUGCAAGCAGUGAUUCCUUCUCUUCUUUUCACUGUUAUUUCUUAUCAACAAUAAAGUUAUUUUCAAAGCA